AUGUCCGGCCUCAGCUCACCUAAGCCCUUGCGCGUCGGGAUCUUAGGCGCUGGGCGGAUUGCCAAAGUUCAUGUUCAGAGUCUUCAACGCAUCGGCGCUGACAUCGUGAUUAUUGCUGACCCUAUAGGUAACGUUGCAGAAACUGUGGCAGCAAACUUUCGCAUCGCAUCCUGGACCAAAAACGUUUCUGAAGUCUUUCAAGCCGACAUUGAUGCCGUUGUCAUCUGUUCUCCGACUGCUUUGCACGCCGAACAGAUUAUCGAGGCGGCACAUUACAAAAAGCACAUAUUUUGCGAGAAACCAUUAGACUUGAACCUUGAGGUAGUCGACAAGGCCAUUAAGGCGGUCAGCGACGCUGGCGUGAAGCUUGUGAUCGGAUUCAACCGUCGCUAUGAUUCUAACUUUCUUCGUAUCAAGAAAGCCAUAAAUUGCGAAGAAAUCGGCAAAGUGAACAUGCUCCGCAUUACCAGCCGCGACCCCGAACUCCCACCGAUCGAGUACAUUAAGGGAUCGGGUGGCAUUUUCUGUGAUAUGACAAUCCAUGACUUCGACAUGGCGCGUUUUUUGAUCGGUGGUGAGGUGGAUGAAGUUUUUGCUAUGGGCCACAGCAAUAACCCUGAAGUUGCAGCUGUGGGCGACAUUGAUACGGCUGUGAUUUUACUUAAGUUCUGCAAUGGCGUCAUCUGUAACAUCGAAAAUAGCCGUGAGGCGGUAUUUGGCUAUGACCAGCGCGUUGAGGCGCUUGGAUCGAAGGGUUCAGUGUUAUGUGACAAUAAUUACGAAAAUCAGGUGGUGUUGUCGACGAAAGAAAACGUGCAUCGUGACUUGCCUCAACGCUUCAUCGUCGAGCGUUACAUGGAUGCUUAUGUUGCUGAGAUGGAGGCAUUUGCUCGAGUUUGCACUACAGACGCACCAUCUCCUGUCGGGGGCGAAGCUGCUCGCGAUGCUCUAUUAUUGGCUCUCGCCGCGAGCAAGUCCCUCGCGGAGAAUCGCCCAGUCAAGGUCGACGAGAUACGCAAAUCUACUUAA